UGUGUAAACCACGCACGCAGAUGCAAGCAGCGCUUCAGAAAUGGCGGCUGAUGCUGGCAGCUCUCCGCUGCAGCUACCCUGCGUUUUUUCACCCAAAUCACGACAGUACUUAGCAUUGUGUGCCCAGGAUGGUAGACUUCGCAUUUGGAACACAGAUAGUAAAACACUUCACCAAGAGUAUGUGCCUUCAGCCCAUUUGAGUGCCACUUGUACCUGCAUAGCCUGGGGACCAUGCCGGACAGUCAAGGAAGGGCCGCGGAGGAAGAAGAGGAAAUCGGAGGUGGACCAGGUGGAGGAGAAGGCAGACCUGUUGGCGAUGGGCACAGCAGCGGGCACUGUGCUCAUCUACAGUACAGCAAAGGGAGCACUGCACUGUACUCUGGAUGGAGGCCAUAGUGGAGGAGUGAAUUGUGUCCAGUGGCACCCUGACGACAGUUUUUUAUACAGUGGUUCAGAUGAUACAAACAUUAUUGAGUGGGACCUGCAGACAGGAAAGAUGCGAAGUAAGUGGAAGGCUGACCGUGCGGCAGUGACCAGUUUGUGUGUGAGCCACGAUGGCAAACUGCUGCUUUCAGCUGGACAGAUAAUCAAGAUGUGGGACUUGGACACCAAGGAGGUUUACAGGAAAUUCACAGGCCACUCCACAGCUGUGACGACCCUGAGUUUCGCCACAACGCGACCUCCUGAUAGCAAUGGCCUCUAUUUCCUGUCUGGUGCUGCACACGAUCGACUGCUCAGUGUAUGGCAAGUACGAGAAGAUGGAAAGGACAAGAACUCAGUGGUGUCCUUCACACUGACAGACGAGCCACAACACAUUGAUCUUGUCACGUCCAACAGCAAGGAAGAGGCGGUGAGGCUGGCAGUGGUGUGUAAGGACGGACAGUUGCAUCUCUUUGAGCACUUUUUAAAUGGGCCCUGUAAGAAGCCCUUGUCACCCCUGUGUACGGUGCAGAUGUCCGACACAAAAGACUCCCCAGUGCCGAUCCCCCUGCUGGCAGCAGCCCUCAGAGCGGAUACUAGGACUGUGCUGCUGGCCUACGGCAACCACCUACAGCCUGUGAUGGAGAGAGUGGAGAUCAACACAGCAGAGAGACAUGUGUGUUUGACCCGGGAUGUUCAGACCAGCUUGUCCCUUUCCAUGGAAACCACCGUUUCCAAGGUGAAAACCCCGAUUGUCAACGCCAAGGGCAGAGUGUUGGUCCCAGGGCUUCCUGGCCACCAAGCCCCAGUGAAGGGAACUUCACAGGGAUCAGAGAAGAGGAAAAAAGACACAGACACCAAAGAGAUGUCCAUAGCGGAGCGACUAGGUGAAAUUGAUCUGUCUACGGUCUCCACCGAGAAGGGAGCUCCUAAAGGGACAGCCUCUUUACAGACAGACAACUUUGCAGUGCUGCUGGUGCAGGGCCUGGAGAGCAACGACGCCAACAUCCUAAAUAAAGUUUUCCAGACUCGCAAAGAGAUGGUAAUAAAGAAAACGGUUGCUCGGUUACCCCUCUCUGCUGUUUUACCAUUGGUGGAAGAGAUCACAAAGAGGCUCCAAGGGCACCCUUUUACGGCAGUUCUAAUGGUACGGUGGCUCAAAGCUGUACUCAUGCACCACACAUCGUACCUGGCAUCGCUGCCAGACCUGGUUACCCAGCUGGGAGUGCUUUAUCACAUGAUUGAGAGCAGAGUGAAGAUGUUCCACAAGCUAACUAAGCUGCAUGGGAAACUGUAUCUCCUGAUGACACAGGUGGCAACAAGUGACAGCAGUAACUCGGUUACAGAUGUUGACCACACAGCUAAACUGGUGUAUGAAGAGGAAUCAUCAGAUGAAGAUGAGGCUUCUGGUGAUGAAGGUCUUCCUGAUGACGACUCUGAUAAUUGGGAAGAAGAGGAGACGAUGAAAGAAGAUGAGGAGGAUCAAGCAGAUGAGGAAGAUGAGGAUCCAGACAGCAGAACAGAGUCCAAAGCAAACGGAGAGGAAGACAUGGAGCAUGAGAACGAGAGCGAAGAAGAAUGAAUGAGGAAAAAAAAUGCCAAUCACACAUAAAAAGGACCUGAAAGAGUUAUAUAUACUUUCAUUUUAUUUUCAUGCUUUUGGUUUUAUUAUCAGAACAAAGUAUGGUUUUACAAAAUCGAGGGACACAUGUUGAAACGCGGGCAGCUCCGCCCCCUGCCUCAUCAUAACUCGCAAGGUGGGUGAUGCUCUGUCUUUUCCCCGUCUGUGGAACAGAUGCAACAUUUUAGGGGAGGAAGGCAAAACAGUCUGCAAAAUGAAACUGGUGCAAGUUCUCCUCCUGCUGUGUUAGAUCAGUCUGCAUCCCAGCUCUACAGCCAGAGUGUCAAUGCAAAUGACUGAAAAGAUCAGUUGGUGGUUUUCCAGUUUGCCUACACUGCAGUCUGCAUUCCAAUGUCCUUAUAUGAUAAAUAGUAUUAGAGUUUAUUGUAUGUCCAGCUUAACAGUAGAUGAGACAGCAGUCUGUCUGUGAUUGGUUUACUCUAACUCAACUCUGUAGGUCAUCUGGAACCCCCACCCUUCCUGUGUUGUUCAGCUGAGCCCACAGACACACACACAGCUCAGGUGUAGAGUUGGGAUGCAGGACCCCCAGCUGUUUGCUGUACAGAAAACUGCUUGAUCCGGAGGUGGGCUUGCUAGACAAGACUAUACAUCAUGUCCCCACACAAUGUAAAUCUGUAUGUACAGUGAAGUGUUUGUAUGAGCUCUUCCCUCUACAGCUAUCCCCCAGAAAUCCUUGGGAUUAAAUGAACUCCUGUAAAGUCUCCUGAAA